GUCAAGACCCCCAUCCCAUUCUUGCUUCAUGGCACGUUACGAGAAUACCAACACAUUGGACUUGACUGGCUGGUCACCAUGUACGAGAAAAAGCUCAACGGCAUUCUGGCUGAUGAGAUGGGACUGGGCAAGACUAUCCAGACCAUCGCUCUGCUGGCUCACCUCGCCCUUGAAAAAAGUAACUGGGGGCCUCACCUCAUCAUCGUCCCCACCAGUGUGAUGUUGAACUGGGAAAUGGAGCUAAAACGAUGGUGUCCUGGAUUUAAAAUCCUCACAUACUUUGGCAGCCAAAAGGAGAGAAAGCUGAAGAGACAGGGCUGGACGAAGCCUAAUGCUUUCCACGUGUGCAUCACUUCGUACAAGCUGGUGCUGCAGGAUCACCAGGCGUUCCGACGCAAGUCCUGGAGAUACCUGAUCCUGGACGAGGCACAAAACAUCAAGAACUUCAAGUCCCAGCGCUGGCAGAGCCUGCUGAACUUCAACAG